AUGGAGGAGGUUGCCAAUUAUUACCUUGUGGAGCUCACUCAACGUUGUCUUUUUCGAGUCACAGAAAGUAAUGCAUAUGGAAGGCCUAGAACAUUUGUUAUGCAUGAUCUUGUGCGAGAAGUAACCUCCAUCAUUGCUAAAAAGGAGAAGUUUGGUAUUGCAUAUGGCGAUGCUAGUACAACCCAAGUUCCCCAUGAAGUCCGCCGCUUAUGCAUACAAAGAGGUGCCCAGACCUUGAAUUCUAUAGCUAGUUCACGGCUCCGCUCAUUUAUCACUGAAGUACCAUGCUCUUGGAUAGAUGAUAUUUUAUCACGUUUCAGACUACUGAGGGUCCUAUGCCUAAGAUUUGCAAAUAUUGGACAAGUGCCUAGCAUGGUCACCGAAUUGUAUAACUUGCGCUAUAUUGAUUUUUCAUACACAAAAGUGAAGAUAAUACCAGCAUCAUUCGGUAAACUUGUUAACCUACAAGUUUUGGAUCUCAGAUUCACCUACGUAGAGGAGUUGCCACUGGAAAUAACUAUGUUAACUAAUUUACGGCAUUUACAGGUGUUUGUAGUGCAUGAUCUUCUACAAAUAUCAUUGAAUUGCUUUAGUGCUACAAAAAUUCCUGGUAACAUUUGCCUUCUAAAGAAUCUGCAAGCUUUACAGAUUGUUUCAGCCAGUAAAGAUUUAGUUUCACAACUGGGUAACUUGACGCUGUUGAGAAGUUUGGGUAUAAUGAAAAUGCGUCAAAGCUACAUUGCAGAGUUAUGGAGCUCCCUGAUGAAGAUGCCUAACUUGAGCAGGUUGCUUAUUUCCGCAGUUGAUAUGGAUGAGAUUCUUGACUUGAAAAUGCUCAAGCCCUAA